UCCUUUCUUCUUUUCCUAUUUUCGAGCUUUGCUUGUUGAUUACCAUGGUUUUCAAAAUGCUGGAUUAGAAAGUCAAAACCAGGGUUCUUCAUUAACCCUUCCCUGUCUAGCUUUUAGGGCUUCUCGAUGAAUAAGAAGUAUAACUAAACACUUGAUUCCAACGCUUUCAGUUCUUGUUACAUAUAAUUCGUUAUAGGCGAUGUUCCGUUAAUUGCUUAUAGACAGGGGAUUGCACUUUACUUGAAAAUUUAAUGGGUCGCUCCCGUGGAAAUUUCCGUGGUGAAGAAGAUCCCACUCAAAGAUCAAGGAGGAAAAAGAAUGCAUCAAGUGGUGAAAAUAUAGAGUCUGUUACUUCAGGUCAAGGGACCAGUGAUGGGAAAAGGGCUCGGUACCAUUGCAACUAUUGUAACAAAGACAUCACGGGAAGAAUUCGUAUCAAGUGUGCUGUAUGUUCCGAUUUUGACUUAUGCAUAGAAUGCUUCUCAGUCGGAGCUGAGGUUCAUCCUCACAAAAGCAAUCACCCGUACAGGGUUAUGGACAUCUUAUCAUUUCCUCUCAUCUGUCCGGAUUGGAAUGCUGAUGAAGAAAUGUUACUUUUAGAGGGGAUUGAGAUGUAUGGCAUGGGAAACUGGGCAGAAGUUGCUGAGCAUGUUGGGACAAAGACAAAGGAAGUGUGCAUUGAACAUUAUAGGAAUGCUUACCUAAACUCUCCUUACUUCCCUCUACCGGAUAUGACGCAUGUUGUUGGCAAAAACAGAAAAGAACUGCUUGCUAUGGCUAAAGAGCACAUUGAGGAUAAAAAAGGUGAACUUCCAUUGAAGGAGGAAUCCCCAUUUUCUCCCUUAAGAGUCAAAAUUGAAAAUUCCUACAAAAAUGAUCCUUCAGGUCGUUUGCCUUCUGGUUCAAAUGGAGGAAUUGCAGACAAUAAAAUGGCAUCCAACAUGGUCCAGGUCAAGGAUCAGCCUGAUUCUCUAAAACUGAAUGAUCAUCUAUCAGGACGGAGUUUUGGCAGCAAUAAACCUAAAUCUGCUGAGGAUGAGGUUCCUUCUUUGAUGGAGUCGAGUGGUUAUAACCCAAAAAGACAAGAAUUUGAUACUGAAUAUGAUAAUGAUGCUGAGCAGUUGCUGGCUGAUAUGGAAUUUAAGGAAACUGAAACUCAAGAAGAGCAUGAGUUGAAAUUACGUGUGCUCCGUAUAUAUUCAAAGAGACUUGAUGAGAGAAAACGCCGGAAAGAUUUCAUUCUUGAAAGGAAUUUGUUCCAUCCUAGUCCAUUUGAGGAGGAGUUAUCUCAAGAGGAAAAGGAUUUAUGCCGACGAUAUGAUGUCUUCAUGCGUUUUCACUCUAAGGAGGAGCAUGAAGAAUUACUUAGAACUGUUAUAUCAGAACAUAGGAUUCUGAAAAGAAUUCGUGAACUUAAGGAAGCACGAGUGGCUGGAUGCCGUUCCUCUGGUGAAGCUGACAGAUACCUUGAACAGAAAAGGAGAAGGGAAGCCGAAGACCGUGGUCACAGAAAGGAAAAUUCUCAUGCUGGUCCAAGCAGUCAGGAAAGUCUCAACGUCCCAGUUUCAUCGGAUUCACUUAAUACAUACUCAAAUACAACAUCUGUAGGCCACUCUACUUCGGCAUCCCUAACUGAUUUGGAUUUUGUGUCAUUAUCUGGCGCAGAUUUACUUUCUGAAUCUGAGAAACAACUGUGCCGUGAGAUCAGGUUACCGGCCCCUCAUUAUCUUAGAAUGCUAGAGUUCAUGACAAUACAAAUGAUGAGCGGCAAUAUUAAUCAGAAAUCCGAUGCCUAUUCCUUCUUCCAAAUUGAGCCAACAAAAAUAGAUAGAGUUUACGAUAUGCUUUUGAAGAAGGGAAUGCUUCAAGAGUGAGACCCCUUGUCGGCUCCAAAUGAAAUAUCCAUGCAAAUUUUUGGUGAUGUCCAUUUGGUCCCCUUACAUGUCUUAUUAACCAGCUGUAAAAUCAACUUUAUAUUAUGAAUUAUACUGUUUUGCGAGAGGAAUUUAACACCUUUGUUGACAGAUGAAGUUGUAGCAAAAAAAUGAUUGGAUGGCAAUGUUGACUGUUUUUGAAACAGUUCAAUGAUGUAACAUCAUAUGGCAUUCAGUCAUCCUAGGUGUUAAAAUCCUCUGGUAAUUUAGCAAGAUUGUUAUAUUAUUAUUCUUGAUGGGUGGUGCAGAUUGAAUUUCUUGUCUACUCCCGUACUGAAAUACAAAGAAUCAUAAUUAAAAGAUCUGUAUCAGGAUGUAUUGAUCA